CAAAUGAAAUCGACUCACCCCGCCCUAUAAACUGACAUACAAGGAGACGCCUUGGAAGCCAGACUCUCAAAGCGCACAUCUGUACAACCCAUUCACAUUCACAGUUCCACGCUCGGACUCACGUCUGCACUCUCUUCCUUUCGCUGCAUUUUAUCAAACGUUUGUACCUUGAAGUAACAAGUUAAGAUGUUGGUGCUUCUGGGAUUUAUUCUUGCCUUCCACAUAGCAACAGCAGCACUGCUGUUCAUUGCCACAAUAGAUAAUGCCUGGUGGAAAAAUGACAUCAGCAGCACUGAUAUAUGGCAAACGUGCUACUACAAUGGAUCUGUAUGCAACGACGAAUAUAUUUCUGGUUAUGGAGAUUGCAUCAAGGCAAUACAGGCGACCAUGUGUCUGUCGGUGAUCUUCUGCUGUAUUUCAUUCAUUGUGUUUGUUGUUCAACUGUUCCGGCUGCAGAAGGGUCAGCGAUUUUACAUUGCUGGAACCCUUCAACUACUUUCUAGUCUCUGUGUAAUGAUCGCAGCCUCCAUCUACACAGACCAGGAACAAAACUUCCAUCAAAAUAUGCAUGCAGGAGACUAUGGAUAUUCCUUCAUUCUAGCCUGGAUCGCUUUUGCUCUCACUUUUAUCAGUGGUGUGAUGUACAUCGUUUUACGAAAACGUAAAUAGAGGCUUGGAUUGACCUAACCCCUUCGUGUACCACUGCAGAGAAGUUUUGUUUCUGGGUGAAUUUCAUAAUGAUCUCCUGCAAAUAAAAUAAACCUUUUUGUACAGUAAUUAUCAAAUAAAGCAAAAACAUAAUAGCUAAUUUUGCAACUGUUUUGAAGCCUUUUUAGUAGUUACAAGUUCUUUAAAGAUCAGUUUGGCACAGUUUUAAUCAGGAGUAAACAUUAUUCUUUAGUCUAUGUUAAGAUAAAUUGAAAAGUUUUCUUUUCCAGUGGCAGGCACCUUUUCUGUAUUAUUGUUACAGCCAGUCAAUAUGAAAUGUUUACACAUGCAGGAGGUGGUUUAAGCAUUUAAAGCUUCAAUAAAAUGAGCUCCAUGUUGUUCACAAGAUGGUUUUUUUUUUGUUAAGCUAGUGGCCUCGUACUUGUUUCCCAAGUCUUCUCAGAGUUGGCUUACCUUAGCUAGACAUUUUUACUUACCAAAAUUACAAUUUUACUGGAUAUACAAAUUCUUAAAACUACAUAUCAGUCAUUUAGGAUAAAAUACCCUGAAAGGUUUGAAGUCUACAGUAACAAAAAAAAUGCUUAGAAAAGUACUUUAUAUUUGUCUAUAGCAGAAAACUAUAUACAGGUAGCCCCUGCGUUAUUGGUGAGGGGUGGAGAUGCAUUCCUAGAAAAAGUCCCUAUUGCAAUUUUCCAUAAUGCAAAGCUGUGUCAUCUGUCAAGAAAUGCGAGAUGGGAAAAAAUAAAUUUUGUUCUACUUAUUUACUUUUAUUCACAAAUUUUGUUUGGAGCGAAUUUUCAUACCUCAAAUUUUUGGGUAGUGAUGUGUGAAUUUUGUAUGGGCAAAUUUCCACUACUGUAAUACGGGAGUUGCCUGUACAGAUAUGUUGUAAGAGACAAUGGGUUACCGGGAAAAUAACUGGAGGAAUGGGACUGAUGGGAACAUUCUGAGAGUAAGCAUGGACUUGAUGGGUCAAAUAGCUGCCUCCUAAGUCAUAAGAAAAUAUGAAAAGUAAGUAAAUGGAAAUAAUUACAUUCUGGGCAGAGACUCAUAAAAAAACAUAAGACCACACCCUCCCCUUUCAAGUUAUUGAGUAUCUUUUUAUGUUGGCUAAUGGGAAAAUUAAUGUAAAUGCUUAGAAUUGAUAGUCUUUGACCUUGGAGAAAGAAUACAUUUGAUGUCGUGGCCUAUUUGUACAUGUUAUUUAUUGGCAUUAUAUAAACCAUCUCCUGAAGUGUAAACCACUGGAAGUGAGUAUCUGAUUUCCUGAAACACUGCAAAGUCAUUUCUAAGUGAAAUAGUAAUGGGUUGAUCUGAUUUAAUUUAAUUUUUGGCAUAAUAUAAGUAGGUGAAGCAAAGCUGUAUUGAAAUUUUUAUUUUAUAAUUCUUCCCAUCUGAGAUUCAUGGCAUCAGACUGAUUUUAAAGUUCAUUUCUGAUUCCACAGAUGUGAAAACUAGGCUUUUUGUGUGUGCAGAUUCCUUUUGUGCUUGGGAGGAAUUGUUUUAUGUAUCACCCACUGAAAAACUUGCAUCCUGCAACACAAAAUUCUCAGUUAUAGAUUUUCUGCUGCUAGAUGUCCCAGGAGUAAUUUUUAAACCUUUGCAUUUUAGUAAUCGGGAUACUUUUAAUCAAUUUACUGUGAUUAUUACUGACUCUAUAAAACACUGACCUGAGCACUGCCAGCAGAGAUUUCCCCCAUUAUUAAGCUAAAUCAAACAUGAGGUUUUCCCAGAAACUAAAUAAGAAACCCUUGACAAAAGAGUCUUGACCACCCUAGCAUUUGUGGAAACAGAAAAUACUGCUGUAAACGAAUACUUGAAUUCAGCAUUAGUAUGUUGGUGCUGCUUGUUUUCUUCCUGAUUAGCUGGACUGCAUUAUGAUUGCAGAGGCUUUGAAAUCCAAACAUCAGACAGAACUUGUUGCACAGCUGCUUUUUGCUCUCAAUGUUUUCCAUUCCCGCACUUGUUUUUAUAAUCAGAGAAUUAGGAUCAACAUAAAUUGAAAAUAAUAUAAUUGCACUGAAACCUUGCAUUCAACCUCCUAGCAAAGGAAUAUCUUGUCUCUCAAAGAACUUCCAUUCCAGAGAACUGAAUAUUACUUAACAAAUCAAUUUUAACUUGCAAAUAAAUCUUAAUAACUCAAUGUAGGAAAUGCCACUACAGAUCCACUUCCAGAAUAAUGACCAUUGUUACAACAGUGUAAAAUGGUUGCAACACAUUGUUGUGACUUCUAGUGGCAGAAUGAACGUACUGUCAAAUAACUAGUUAAUAACUUGCUUUUUCAAAUAUUUUCUUUAAUGUAUUGUCUAUGAAAGCCAUGACUUAAAACUGCCAGCGUAGUCAUAUUUAUAGUUUAGUGAGCAAUUAUUUCCUUUUAUAUGAAAUGUUAGGGGUACAUUUUUUUUGAUAACUCAGCAGCAGUCAAUGGAAGCAAUAAGAGAACUGGUAAUUUGUUAACAGCAAUUGCACAGGUUUGUGGAGGACACCACAGUCGUUUUCAUAGGUUCACGAUUUCAUUUUUGCAACUGGGUUCCAUUGCAUAAGCAAUGAAGUAAUAAAGGAGUGCUUUUUGAUAUUAGUCAGUCCUAAAUAAAAUUCUAAUAGCCUACAAACAAAAUUUUUUUUUGAAGUUCCACUUAAAGGACAUCUUAUUUGAGUGGUGUUGGAGUAACCACUAGUUCUGAAGUUGGUGUUUUCUCUACCACAAUAUAUUAAGGUCUUAUUUUUGUAAUGUAUUUAUUGCAUGCUAAUUUGUUAUCAGUGCUUUUUACUCUAGUGAUAUUGUGCACAGUGAAACAAGUUAAUACUCAUACCCAAUAUAAAUUUGCAUUUAUACCUCGUGCAUAAUAAAAUGGCUUUUCUCAUGCAAUGUCACAGAUAACAAUUUAACCCAUUUUCUGCUGAACUUAUGAGACAGAGGGAUAAAAAUUACUGAAAAGAUUGUAAGGGGUGGGACACUUUCUAGAUAUAUUUCUGCAUUGUGAACAUUGAAAGAUUUGCAAUAAUUAGACUUACUGGCCAUAGCUCCCGAGUCAAUUUAUCUUCUGUCGUUGAAUGAUGUGGUUUAUUACACGAAUUAGAUUUGUUUCAAAGUUUGCAUUUCAUGGAUUUUAGCACAAAUUUCUUUGAUUUUUUGCAUUGUUAAAUACUUUAAUAGUUGACAAAUGAUCUAGAACUGAUUUCAAACAAAAGAGAGCAGAAUUUUAAAACUGAAAAACGUAAUUAUGUAUGUAGAUCCUAUAUUUUAAAUAAAACAGUUGAAAUCGUGAUCUUGUAUAUAGUCCAACAGUCCUCUUGUAUGUGGUGAACCUGGAUCCGAUGGAUUAAGAAGGCCAUAAAGAGUUAGGGUUUUUAAAUAUUAGUUUCAAUUAGUUACUUCUUCCUUUGGAUGUAAUCUACCAUAUUGAUUAGAGUUUGUUUUCAAAGACAUUUUUUUAGAAAAUAUUUUCUUCCCCUUUUCAAUAUAUAGUUUAAAAAAAAAAUUGCCAGGUUGAGUGUCUUAAUAGUAGUGGGAUUGUUUUUAACUUGGCAUUUUUGUUUAGUGUUGUUACCAUGAUUCUACAAUAAUGUAAUAUAGACUCUGUUGGUAUAGAAAUCCAAAAUAUAAGAAAUAAUUGAUAAUUAUCUGUAUUUUGUAUGUGUAAUAAAGUACUGCCUAGCAAAUUA